UGGCAGUCUCGGUCGUUUCACUUAAGUGUCAGUUUAGUCUCAGAUGUUUCUCCUAAAAGAUUUUUGUCAAAAUCCACGACGAGUAUGGAGGUGUAAAAUCAAUGUCGAUUAGGGCAGGACGAACUGGAACGCAUCAAAAUGAAUCGAACGUCUGACCCCAACACGACUGAAGAUUUUUAUCCAUUUGAUGAUUAUUUUUUUGAAAGUGAUCUCAACCCUGCGUCUUCAGAGGUCAGGUGGUCUUUAAAACUAACUUCUCUCAUCUUCUACUGCCUGACGUUUCUCCUCGGAGUGCCCGGCAAUGCAUUUGUCAUCUACAUCGCCGGACUGAAGAUGAAGAGGACCAUCAACACAACGUGGUUCCUCAAUCUGGCGAUCGCAGACCUCCUGUGCUGUCUUUCCAUCCCGUUCAGUUUGGCCGAGAUCCUUCUGGACCAUCACUGGCCGUACGGAUCUGUCAUGUGCAAGAUUCUUCCCUCAGUUGUGGUCGUCAACAUGUUUGCCAGCGUCUUCACGUUGAACCUGAUCAGUCUGGAUCGGUUCGUGCAGGUGAUAACACCGGUCUGGGCUCAGAACCGUCGCAGCCUGACGCUUGCCCGGAUGUCCUGUGCGGUGGCCUGGCUCCUGGCGUUGUGUCUCAGUUUGCCCUUCAUGAUAAUCAGAGAAACGUACACUUACGAAGAUUUCAACAUCACGCUAUGCACUUCUCACGGCAAUGACCAAGAGGACAAUUUUCAGACAUUGGGGGUGUUGAGCGUCGUCAGGUUUGUGUUCGGGUUCCUCGUUCCUCUCCUGUGCAUCGUCACGUGUUACAGCAUGAUUGCUCGAAAGUUAAGCAGGAGCAGUUUUCACUCCGGCCGAGCGCUUCGCAUCAUGUUGGCUGUCAUCGUGGCCUUUUUUCUGUGCUGGUUGCCGUAUCACGGGGUGGAUUUGAUCCGGAUUUACGGUAGCGAAUGGAGCUCCUCGGUGGCGUUGGGCCUGGAUCCUCUGGCCAUCUCUGUGGCGUACGUCAACAGCUGCCUGAACCCGGUUCUCUACGUUUUCAUGGGUCAGGAUUUUAAACAGAAGGUUCGACUUUCUCUCAGACGUGUUUUUGAAAGAGCCUUCUCAGAGGACACCACGCACACAUCACCAUCCACACACUCGCAGCAGAUACACUCAAAUACACUCGUUUGACCAACUUUAUUCAGGGUUUCUUCACAAUCAUUUUUAACAUGUUAGCUUAUAUGUCUUGAAAACACAAACACGUGACAGCACAUAACACAAGUUGCUUAAUCUAUCCGUUCUCAGUAAAAGGAAGUGUCAGUGUGUUUUUUAUUUUUGCGCAGGAAGUUAUGAUUAGGUGCAUCUAAAAAUACCAUUUCUAUGAAGAUUACUGUUAGAUAAUGCCAUCAGUGCUCAUUUUUUGCUACAUUAAAUGAGGUUGAUAACUGAUGAAAGUGUUCUUGUGCUGGCAACUGAAGGUUUAGACAUUUGCUGUAAGCACAUAAGAGGAAGUUUGUGAUAAAUAUUUAAAAUACAUAUCACUGGUUCAUUCCAACUGCACUUUUAUUUCUAUUCUCUUUUCCCUUCAGUUUUAUUCUCUUUUAUACACAUUUUAAAUAGUUUUAUUUCCUUUUUAUUGUCAUUUAAAUUCUUAAGUUGUUUUGUUUAGUUGAUUUUAGAUCAUUUGCUUGUUAAAGAUGUCUCAUGCAUUAUGUAGGCCCUGUUACAUUUUUUCUUUGUCAAUCAUGUGAAUUUAUGUGAAGCGCCUUGAAUUACCUUUGUGUAUGAAAUGUGCUAAAUAUAUAAACUUCUUGAAAUUACUUGA